GCUACACAUGUGUCUCAGUCUCGCCUCUCUAGCCCCGCCUCCGGUAACCCGGAAGUUGUAUUUGCAAACGCAGCUUUCCCUCCCACAAUCCUUUGCGCCCUUCCUUUCCAACUUGGGCCUGGCGGAAUGGCUCCCGCAAAGAAGGGUGGCGAGAAGAAGAAGGGCCGUUCCGCCAUCAACGAGGUGGUGACCCGGGAAUACACCAUCAACAUUCACAAGCGCAUCCAUGGAGUGGGUUUUAAGAAACGUGCCCCUCGGGCACUCAAAGAAAUCCGGAAAUUCGCCAUGAAGGAGAUGGGAACUCCAGAUGUGCGCAUUGAUACCAGGCUCAACAAAGCUGUCUGGGCCAAAGGAAUAAGGAAUGUUCCAUAUCGUAUCCGUGUUCGUUUGUCCAGAAAACGUAAUGAGGAUGAGGAUUCACCAAACAAGCUGUAUACUUUGGUAACCUAUGUCCCUGUUACCACGUUCAAAAAUCUACAGACAGUCAAUGUGGAUGAGAACUAACUGCUGAGACUCAAAUAAAGUUAUAAAACUGCCC